CGGAUGAGGGCCAAUUUCACCAUAUAAAUAAACAGCGCAGAGUGAGAAAGUACGAGAGCUCCGGUGUUAUUUUUGAUUCCACUGCUUCGGUUUUUUUCUCAGAAACACGGAACAUCAAGACUGGGCAGAGACUGAGGCAUAGCAGCAAAAGCUGAGAGAGACAUGAGCUUCAUCUACAAAUGGCAGGGAAGAAGAAAGAGGCAAGCCUGCAGGCAUCAGUUAUGAACCAAGAACAAUGGGAGGAAAUGCUUACUACCAAAGGUUUGACAGUUGUGGAUGUUUACCAGCAGUGGUGCGGCCCCUGUCGAGCAGUGGUUAGUCUCCUCCGAAAGAUAAAGAACGAACUCAGUGAUGACCUGCUGCAUUUUGCCACUGCUGAAGCUGACAGCAUCGAUGCCCUGGAGAAGUAUCGAGGAAAAUGCGAACCCACCUUCCUUUUCUUUGGAGGUGGGGAGUUGGUGGCUGUGCUGCGAGGGGCCAACGCUCCGAUGCUCCAGAGGAUGAUUGUGGAGGAGCUGGCCAAGGAAAAGCUGGUCAUGGAGCAAGGCAGUGGUCGCAAAGUGGUGAAAGAUUUUGGUCUUGAAGAGAAGAGAGAGGAGAAAGAGCUUCAGCAGCCACAAAAUGAAGAAAGUGUAAUUGUUCCUGCCAGUAAAUCCUACACAGUUGCCAUCAUUAAGCCUGACGCAGUUGCUCAUGGCAAGGCAAAUGAGAUCAUUAUGAAGAUUCAAGACGCCGGGUUUGAGAUUCUUGCACACGAGGAGCGCACUCUGACUGAAACGGAGGCUCGAGAUUUUUACCAGCAUAAAGCAGCGGAGGCUUGCUUUGAGGACUUGGUGCAGUUCAUGUCCAGCGGUCCCUCCCAUAUUCUGGUGCUUUCUCAGAUAGAGGGCACGGCCAAUAUCAUACCGGCAUGGCGCGAGUUCAUUGGCCCAGCAGACAUAGAGGAGGCCAGGAGAGAAAAGCCCGAAAGCAUAACUGGAAAGGAUCCCAGUUCUGGGUCUGGAGUAGGGAGUGAACAGCACAUUCUCGCCUGCUUGAUCAGACACACCCAAACGUUAUGCUUCUCUUUGGUUGAGCACCAGCCGAGCAUCCAUCUGGUCCUCUCUUCCUCCUCCCCCCACCCGACUUCCUGCAGCUUGCGGGCGCAAUACAGCACAGAGACGCUGUUCAACGCAGUGCAUGGCAGUGCGGACAGCGACCAGGCCAGCAGGGAGCUCGCCUUCUUCUUCCCCAACUUUAGGACAGCCUCCGACGCAGAGCAGGAUGGGGAGGAAGAGCGUGUGGAGAGGACGCUGGCUCUCAUCCGGCCCGACGUUGCCAGGGAGAACAGAGAUGAGAUUUUGGCCCAGAUUCACAAGUCGGGUUUCACAGUCGCCCUCCAAAAAGAGGUGAUGUUGACCGAAGAGCAGGUCAAGCAGUUUUACUUCCAACAUGUGGAUGAAGACUACUUUCCUGCACUUAUGCGAAACAUGACAAGUGGCCCUGUGCUGGCGUUAGCUCUGGCCAGGAAAGGAGCUGUCCAUCACUGGAAGAACAUCCUCGGCCCUCCUGACCUUCACGAAGCCAAAGAAGAGGAUCCUGAGUGUCUGAGGGCCAAAUUUGCUGUAGAAAAUGAGCCCAUCAACCAGCUACAUGGCAGCGCAAAUCCUACAGAGGCGGAAAGAGAGCUGAACUUUUUCUUUCCUCAACAACGGACGCUGGCAGUCAUCAAACCCGAUGCUCUGGAGGAACACAGAGAUACGAUUUUGGAAGAGAUUCGGGGGAGAGGCUUCACCGUGGCGCAGCUGAAGGAGACUGUGCUGUCACGAGAGAUGGCUGAGGAGUUUUACAAGGAGCACAGGGAGAAGCCAUUCUUCACGCAGCUGGUGGAUUUUAUGUGUCGUGGGCCCUGCAUGAUGCUCAUCUUGACCAAGGAGAAUGCAGUGGAGGAGUGGCAGGCCAUGAUGGGCCCCAGCGAUCCAGAGAAAGCUAGAGAAAUCUCCCCAUGGUCUCUGAGGGCCCGCUUCGCUGCCGACAUCCUCCGCAACUCGGUUCAUGGUUCCUCCAACGAGCAGCAAGCAGAGGAAAAGAUCCGGUUUGUCUUUGGCGACAUCAGCGCAGACGCAGCUCCAACUGCUGACAGCGAAACCAGCAGAACCACCUCAGCUGAAUGGCCAGGCGGUUCUGGAGAUGAAAACAAAGAAAUAUCAAGAUCUACAACUGAAGACACCUCUAAUAUCUAGGGUCACUAGGGUCACCAUGAGGUUUCUUUAAUUAGGGGAUUAAAUGAUCAUGUCUCAAAAGUGGCUUAGCAUGUAUAAUGGUGUAAAAAGUUGGAAUAAAAUGGGAAUCUAAAAAAAUGG